UCAAACAGUGUAAAAACAUAACCCAGAAAGAGAUCCCAAGCUUCUAGGGAGUUAUUUUGUGCUUUUUUCGCAUUCAGCCGCAGCGAAUCAGCUGGUAUUGACGCAAAAUGGGUCGCAGGAAGUCCAAGCGCAAGCCGCCGCCAAAGAGGAAGGCAAUCCAGCCGCUCGAUCAGCAGUUUAACUGCCCGUUCUGCAAUCACGAAAAGUCGUGCGAAGUGAAAAUGGACAAGAGUCGCAAUUCAGCCCGGAUAACGUGUCGUGUGUGCUUGGAGGACUAUCAGACGACGAUAAACUUCCUCUCGGAACCGAUUGAUGUGUACAAUGACUGGGUCGAUGCUUGCGAGUAUGUAAACAAGGCGAAUUGA